AUGUCCAAGGAGGAGCAGCCGUGCAAGGUGACCACAGGGUGUGGCAAGCACAAGGAGCGCAAGCCCAAGAAGCCCCACUACAUCCCGCGGCCGUGGGGCAAGCCCUACAACUACAAGUGCUUCCAGUGCCCCUUCACCUGCAUGGAGAAGUCCCACCUGUACAACCACAUGAAGUACAGCCUGUGCAAGAACUCCCUCUCUCUACUCAUUGACUCCGACUGGCCCUACAAGAAGGGCAACUUGCUCCAUGCCAACCAGCUGAGGCUGCAGGCAGGCCUGGGCCGCCAGAGCCCGUCCAAGGAGCAAGCGGAGCAGGCGGUCGCGUCGGCCGAGCACAGCCCCACCGGACCUCCAGAGGAGGACCAGCGAGGGGAGGAGCCGCUAGUGGAGGAGGGCCCAGAGGGGAAAGGGGCGGCCAAUGAACGCCUGGAGCACGCGGAGGGCGGGGACAGGGGCGGGGCCAAACACGCGAAGCAGGAAGCGGACGUGGUGAUGGCGGACGCCUUCUCGCUGGAGGAGCAGCUGCUGCGGGCGCGGUCCUUUGAGGUGGAGAGUCGGCUGCGGCAGUACCGGCUGCCCAAGGCUGCGUGCCUGUCCACGCCUGCGCUGCUGCCCGACUCAUGGCGCCUGCUGGGCUACCCGACCCAGACCAAGCCCAAAGCUGAGGCACAGCAGCCAGUGGGGGAGAGGGAGGCCUCCUCACUGCCCUGCUACCCCCCGCCGCCUCCCCCUGAACCCCCCGCCCUCAACCUGUCCCUGCUGGGCCUCAGCUACCCACUCACCCCCAGCCUCUUCUCCUACCUCAACCCGGCGACCUCGCACGCCCACGCCCACGCCCAGCUCGCCACGCUGCCCUUCCUCACGCACCCGCACGCGCCCGCCGAGCGCGCUCUCCUGCCGCCGCGCUUCUACUACCCCUUCCUGUGCGAGCACUCGCUCGGCGCGCCCCCCUCCUCCCCCCUGCACGCGUCCAAGGCGCUCAAGUCGCCCCAGCUUGGUGGCCAGGAGACCUCCCCGGCCCCGACGACGCCCCCUUACCCGGCCAAGCUGAGCCUGUGGGGAGCCCCAGCUGUUCGGCCCACUUCCACGCAGGCCUCUCCUGCAGCCUGGGCCUUGCCUGAGAGCGCCUCCCCAGAGCCAGGCCUACGUGCUGGAGAUCGAUCAAAGGCAGGGGUCGGGGGUCUGGAGCAUGGCGCCAAGCGGCCUGCAGCCCACUUAGAAUCGUCAGAGUGCCCGGUUGAGAAGAAACCAGCACUGAGUGGAGUCCCUCUGGACUUCCUUAAAAACCUGCACAGAAACACACCCAGCGUUGCCAUGGCUACCGAUAAACUCCUCCUGCACAGCUCAGUAGAUGAAUGGUACACAAAUCUGAGGAGAGCCACAUCUGAGAGUCCCCCCAGGGAGGUGACUUCACCUGCUCCCGUUGGCCGAGGAGGUGAGAAAGUGAGGGAGCAGCUGGAGGAGCGAGACCGGGAACGAGAGGCCGUCCUCCUGGAGGACCUGUCCAGCGCCUUGCAGGAGUACCAGCAGGCAGAGCACCGUGCCGCCACCAUUUUGGCUCGAGACGGCACCUCCGCUCAGCUCCUGUGGGACCACCUGACCCAGAUCCGCUCGCAGCUCUCCCACAUCACGCAGGCACUGCAACGGACAGCCCCGAACGCUGACGGACCCCUCGACCUGUCCGUGAAAAAGGACCCAAGUGCAGCUGUGUUGACGCGAGACUGUACGGCGCUGAGCUUCAUGGGAGAGACAUCAAAGGAAGACAUGAGCAGCGAAUCAGAGGAGGAGGAGGAGGAGGAGCGCGACGGAGAGGAAGAGGAGGAGGAUGGAGGGAGGGAGAUGAAGGAGAAGAGGAAGCGCUCUCUCGACCUGCUCAUUAAGCUGAACCAAACAGGCAUCGCCAUGGUGAAGGGGGAGGGCAUGUGGGCCGGGAGGACCACCAAGUGCGAGGCGGACUCAAGUGUUUUGCUUUGCCCCAAGCACACACACACACACACGUCCAACACACACACGCCGCCCGCCAGCCAUCCACACAGCCCACUCACUGCUGCGGACACCUGAGAUGAUCAGCACUUACAUGGACACACACAUGCAAAUUCAA